AUGGCGGCAGCGCGUGCAACAUUUCUCUCGUUUGCUGUCGGCUUCUCAUUUGGGAUUUUUGUUGUGACUGUAGUGAGUUACUUCAAUGCUGAUAGAAACUCACAGAGAAUGUUUGUCCAGGUUACUAAGUCUCCUCCACUAAACGAAGAUGACGACUUAGACAUCACGCAUAAAAUUGUUCAUCGCGACAGUAACAAGUUCAAGGUUGAAUCACCAGUGGAUUUUGAUGCAGAUCUUAAAGAUCAUCAUCAUCAUCUCUCCUUAAAUAAAGAAGCUCUGAAGGAACAGCAGGAAAUAAGAAUUCUUUGCUGGGUGAUGACAAGUCCGGAAAAUCUUCCUAUCAAAGGAAAACCAGUCAAGGAAACAUGGGGAAAGCGAUGCAAUGUCCUUUUGUUUAUGAGCUCUAAAGAUGAUCCUAGUUUCCCGGCGAUCGGGCUGGAUGUCAGUGAAGGUCGCGAUCAGUUGUGGCGUAAAACCAGAGCAGCUUGGGAUUACGUCUAUGAGCACCACAUAAACGAUGCUGACUGGUUUAUUAAAGCGGACGAUGAUACGUUCGUCAUAAUCGAAAAUCUCCGCCACCAGGUUUCAAGUCUGGAUUCCGAGAAACCCCACUAUCUAGGAAGACACUUCAAGCCUUUCGGCGGAUACAACAGUGGCGGAGCUGGUUAUGUGUUCAGCCGAGAAACUUUGCGUAGAUUUAAGACAGCACUCGGUGAUUCCUCUAAAUGCGCUCAACAAUCAUUUGCAGAGGAUGUUGAGGUUGGGAGAUGUCUAAAUGCAAUGGGUGUCAAGCCGGCAUAUACCAGGGAUAAGAGUGGUAGGGAAACCUUCAUGCCGCUUCCCCCGGAACAUCACCUUAUUCCUGGGUAUCUAAACAAAGAUUUUUGGCUUUGGAGUUAUGACAAUAAUCCAUACAAAGAUGGACCAGAAUGUUGUUCUGAUCAUGCCGUGACUUUUCAUUAUAUUGGUCCCAACAUGAUGUACGUGUUGGAGUAUUUAAUUUACCAUCUUAGACCUUAUGGAAUGAUUCAUGAUGAUCACAGUUCUGAAGGUCUUGGGAAACCUGACACACAAGACAAAUCUGUAAAGGAGGAUUCUACAACGAGAUGAGGUUCUAGAUGAGAAUUUAUUGCAAGAUUUCCUCAUAUCUUUUGUAUCAGAGUCUCAGAUAUUAGCUGCAAACUUCAGAUCACCUUAUGUCAACUCCAACAUGCUAAUAGUCCUUAAAAUAAGUUAAGAACAUAGACCCACUUCAAUGCGGCACCAUGUAUGUGCCAAACCUAGUUAGAUAAAUUUUUACUAAAGAUCAACAGCUAGUUUAAACAGCAUACUUACCAGUCAAAAUUAAACAAAAAAUCUGUCUGAAUUAUAACUAUAGCUGGAAUGAGCUCAGAUUAUUAAUUUAAUAUCAUAGGUGACGAAUUACUCCUUAAUUUUGGCACGAAAUUUCAGCGUUAAUUUGUAAUUUCACAUGCGAAAUUACAAAAUUGCCAUGGCAACCAUUCUGUACGUCUCAGUGUCAAGAUGGCGACGAAGUUUUAAAAUGCUGUGAAUGAAGAUGUCAGGGCACAAAAAGACGCUUUAGAAAACCUGAACACACAAGAGAACAUCAAGAAGGAUUCUAACAGGUAUUUUGCAGAAAAAGUCUGAAAAAUUCUGAACUUUGUAAGCCAAAUAUUUGAGAGAGUGGAGUAAACAUGUCAAAAAUCCAAGAUUGCUAACAUAAUUCGUCACCCAUGAUAUUAAUACGUAAUCAAAUGGUAUACUCCUGAAAUAAUGGAAUAAUUUCACUUGCGUUUUGUCCAAAUCCUAAUAAUUUUAUUAGAAUUUGGACAAAAUGCGCGUGAAAUUAUUCCCUAAUUUCAGUCGUCACCAUUUAAUUACACAUACUAACAUUAUUAAAUAUUUUAAAUAAAUGUUUGGCACAUGAGAAGAUAACUCCAUGCACUUAAAAGAGCCUCUCACAAACUUGACCUUGCAAAUAUACUGAAUUUAACUGAACCAAACUCAUUUAGAUUCCAUUUAAUAAUUAAUAAAUUUAUUUAGAUUCCAUAGUUAUUUUAAGUUAUUUAAAUGAAUUUUGGCCUCCACAUUACAUUUUUUUGUAAAAAAAAACAAGUCCUGUGUUCACAGAGAAAAAUCUUUUAAUCUCUUCCUUGCAAAGUCUUCAAUUUUGCACUUUCUUUUAACUUUAUACAUCCCCAGCUAGAAAAUUUUUCUCUUCUGUCUGUUUAUUCUUUUUCCACACAGUUUAUAGAGUGGCUCUAAGGAAAUGAGUGGAAAAAUUGAUGAGCGUUGUUUUUAAAAGUUUUGUCACUCCCAGUGUGUAAGAAGUGGUUUCACUGUGAUAUAUUACUUGGCAUAUAUGUCUAAGAGGAUACUAAUUUUCACGGCCAUCACAAGUUCCAUACGUAGUCAAAAAUCAUACCAGUUGUCAAUUUUUUUUUAACAAUGACUGAUACCACAGGCUGCCAAAGUAUAACAUAAGAGUUUGCAUGGG